AAGAUUUUGCUAAGACGGUUUGAUAAAUCAGCUUAAGAUUUUUGCUUAGCUACUUCUUAACUUUUUUGACUUAAGACAUUUGCUAAGCUGAGAUUGAUAAAUCCCGGGCCAGAGCUCGAACUGUAUGGUUGACAGUGUAAUCACCGAUUGUGUAAUUGCUACGCGGGAAAUCAAUACCGUAAACGACAGGGGCAGUUAACAUGGAUCAGAUUACAGACUCGAUUUUGGAUCUGAUCUAAUGGACAUGCUAAUGAAAGAUGAUUUCAUAGGAAAUCUAACAGAUUUGGCAAUGGUAGUCGAAGACGACCCAAAUCGGGCUGUUCAAGAACAAAACUCGAUUGAAGGUUGUGCCUAUAAUAUAAGAGAUACAGUUGUGAUUAUACUAUACUAAGUUACCAACAAGAGUGCAUUGCAGCAAACUGGUUUUCAGCAAACUGGGAUUCAUGGUUUUGAGUCGGCCAAACUGGCAUUCAGCAAACUGGGAUUUGAGGAAUUGAUCACACAAGAGGAAAGUGAUAACAAAAGCUGCUCUCAAUUGAUCAAAGGUGUCAUGAUGAUAUUGCACUGAAAGGUAGCAACUGGAAUAUGCCAAAUUUUACCUUCAAGCACUUGUGGAGACGAUCUUUAACUGACAAUACUGCAACCCGGUAGGCGAAUGGACAAGAAGUUUUCAACACUCUUCCUUAACAAGAAGAAGGUAAUUCUUUACAGCAAUGGAGCAACAAAAGAGAUACAAUGCGGCCGUAGUAAUUUUUACACACAAGCAAAAAGCGAUGUGGAAACACAAACGGACAGGGCAUGCAUGGACUGCCUUAAAUGCCAGAAUCUACUUGGGAUAAAUCAGCACCAGAAAGAUGAGAUUGAUAAACUUACGACAGUAUUAGACCAAGAACGUAGUCUACGUCUCAAUGCGGAACAGUUAGCCAUCAUUGCAGAGGCCGAAUCUUUGGACUUUAGGGAGCAGCUGUUUCUGGAGAAAACCCAAGUCAUUAAGAUGGAGGCCGAGUUAUCAAACUUAAGGGGAGAACUGAAGCGGGCUGUGAGCACAUCAAACUGUUACAAAACAAAGAACGAGAAAAUCAUUGGGGCAGAUGCAGCAAGUCCUGGGAUUGCAGAAUCGCAGGAAAAGGUUCAAGGACAAAAUAAAGGAACAAAUAUUGAAUCCAGUUCUCCAGAAAAUGAAGCAGAAUUAGCAAGUGCUCAUGCCAAGCUAAGCAAAUCAAAUGCUAAGGUCAAAGAUCUACAGAGCAGAUUAGCUCUAGUUGAAGACGAAAUUAUGAAAUUGAAAAAUGUGAAUCAGGGAUUAAAAGCUCCUGAUUUCUUAUCGAUUGGAGAACAUCGACCAGACAAAAUCAAUGUCAGGAAAUCUAGCUCCGAUUUGGAUAAAGCAAGACAUGAUCACUUGAGGCAAAGAAUACCGUCAGUUCCGCCUCCAAGUUUUAAGACAGUAAUGAAGGCUCAGACAAAGUCAAAUUUGAUCAAAUCUAAAUCCCAUGUAGCCACCUUGACGAAGCCCACACUUGUUCCAAGACAAAACAAAUCAAAGUCUUUCCUCGCAAGCAGUCAUGGAAACUGUAAGAUGUCUGAGAAGAAGAAGAACAUCAAAAUAAAAGGAAAACUUGAAAGAUCACAGAGGAUCCAAGAAAAAUUAGACCGAUUUGAAAGUACCCAAGAUCAACCAAAGAACAAACAAGACAAGAAAUCUAAAAAUAAAAAGGAUAAAAAUGGAAAAUGUAAUAAAAUCACCAGUACGACAUCAAAAAGUCAUUCACAAAUACCAGUCAAAUCAAAGGGAUUUCUUGACAAAUUUCUGUCCAAAUCACAAGACCAUGAAGACAGGGGUAAAGCAAAACAAUUUCUGAAGAAUACUAGUUUGGAUCUUCCAGAUUUAGAGUUUCUGUUUACAGAUUCAGAAAAGAAGCCGAUACCAUUGCACACUAAACCUUCAAUAGUCAUCAGCAGUUUUGAAAGUGGCAGUGAUUGGUCUUCAAGUGAAGAGGAGCAAUGGGUAGAUGAGCUCAGCAAGUCUGGCGAAUUCAACUCAUCACAGAAAAUAAACAGUGAUGACAUGAGAUACAGACAUCAGACACCACCACCUAUUGCUCCUAAGCCUGGCCGUUUCAAUGAGGCAUCGCAGGUAAGCCUGCCGUCUCAGUCAAGAGGACGCUCACCAUCACCCUGUAAACCACUUCCUCAAAUUCCCAUUUCACAACGAAGGACACCCCCAACAAGACCAACUUCUCCAAAUUGUCGUGCUUCAUCGCCCUUCAUGCAGUCCCAUCAAUCAUGGAAAAUGGACAAGCUCAACAGCCGGACGAGUGCUCCGCAUCAAGGGGAAGGUGCAUACUGUUUCGAUGAAACAGAGUAUAAACCACAGCUUACUGGGUACCAGCGAGCUAAGGGACCAGCGGGAAGAAGACGUCCAAACAGCAAGGGAAACCAGACUAACAACCCUCAAAAUUCUGGACAUCGCCAUAUGAAUGGGAUAAUAUAAACAAAACAAUCAGGCAAUGUGUGUGUGUCAUGCUUAAUUUACAUACAAAGCAGUAAAUUGUAUAUAUGGAAUUAAAUUUGUAUUAAACUGAAAUUAUGACUUAAAAAAUUCAUAUGAAUUUUAUAUUAAUUUGUUUUCCACUAAUAGUUACUUAUGCUAAUUAUGUCAAGGUAAACUAUAGAUAUAGUGAAUACUUUCAAAAUUAUAUAGCACACCAUCUGACAGGGAAGUAUGCAAGUUCAUUUUAAUUUAGUUGAUUAAUGUAAAACUUUCUCCAUUAGUUAGAUACAUUCAAGAAUUCAUAAUGGUAGUAGAAUUAUUUCAUGUUUAAAUGGGCCACAUAGUUAUCACAAUUUGAUCGCAUCUACAAUUUUGAAAAAUGCACCAGGAUUAUAGUAUUUCUUUAAAAAGAAUUUAUCUUAAAUUGUCUCCUGUAGACAAUAAUUAGCACGUCUACUGUGGGAAUUUUGUCGUAUUUUGUGUAUUAAUCAUGUUCUACUAUUCCCAUACAUAAGAAUAUUGGUACUUAAACAAAAUUAUUAGGCAUUGAACAGUUGGAUUAUUUGGAAUGUAAAUUUCAGCAUCACUACUUAUAAAUUUGUGCCAUUAUAAAUUCCAGAAAAAAAGAUACGUUUUACAAAGUUCUUUGUUUUCCCGGGUCAUUGGGUCCACAUGCAAGUGUUGCUGCCAUAUUGGCGCAAUAUCCGGCAACCCCACCAGGUACCCAUUUAUACUCUCUUAAAGUGCCUUGCUCAAGAACACAAGCGAAAUGCAUAGUGAGGGAUUGAAACCCCGACCUUGAGGAUUGGGAAACCAAGCCGUUCCUGCUGUGCUAAGCUGCUCCCGAAUCCUCCUCUUCCUGUAUUACAUGUUUGGAACAGGUUUACAUCUAUGCAUGAUUCCAGGUUACCCAUUACCCAUUAGCCACUGUUCCACCAGCCAUCCCAGGGGCAGAUCCAUAAUUUUGUAACAGGCCUAGAUGUAAUAUAUGUGUUCAGUAUGCUGUUAAAAAUAUUGUAAAAUUGUAUGCAGGUGCAGAUCCUGGGGGUGGGGGGCAUUUGAAGCGGAAAAAUAAAAAAGAGGGUGACAAAUUUGAGUUAAAGAGAGGUAGAGCUAAAAAGUGAGUGCACCCAUGAGUUCAGUGGCAAUACAGCAGUGGGCGAAAGGAGAGCUCGAUUAUUUACCACUUAUUGGUAGGGCUGAGGUGGGCGUGGUGGCGUGAACAUUCAAUAAAAUGUCAAAUUAUAUGAAAGCGAAGUUAAAAUGUGGGAAACAAUACUUCCCAUAAGCAGCCACACAGGCACGUCAGCCACCAUACAAUCAUCGACCAUGUUUCAAUUUAAGGUGUUAGAGUGUAAAAAUGAUUAAAAAUUAAGCCAGUUAAAAAUCAUGGUCAAUGUUUUUGUACAUAGUAUACAUACAAUAUAUUUGGGAUAGACAUGCCAAUAUGUGGGUUUGUAUGAGUCUUGUUAUAAAAAGGUACUGUAUGUAAGAGUAGAAUUUAGGAUAGAAAGCAGGAAUUGCAUAGAUAAGUUGAAAUACUGUACUACGUUUAGAUUAAAAUGAAUCAAAUAUAUAAAUUCAAUCAAAAUUAUAUAUUAAAUCCUGAGAAUUUCCCACU